AUGGGGCGCUUAUUCCGUACUUUCCAUCCGCACCUCACAGGUGGGCGUUUUUUAAGGAGUUCAUCUUACUGUUACUCAAUUUUUGUCUUAGGACUCAAAUGCAAUGCUAAUGGGGCAUUUAUUGACCAGGAUGCACCCCCGCCACCUCAUAUGGAUGCCCUCCCAACCAAUUGGAUGCCUUAUGACAAUCGUGCUGAAUUUGAGACGGCGGAAUUCUUAUUCACGCGCAAUCAAAUGUCUGCAAAGCAGAUUGAUACACUUCUCGACUUGUGGGCCGCGACUCUCAUUAAGCACAACGACGCCCCCCCAUUUGCAAACCAUAGGGACAUGUACGCUACAAUCGAUGCAACACCACUCGGCAAUACCCCUUGGAAGAGCUUUACAUUGUGCUACAACGGAGCCAAACCCGAACAAAACAUACCGCCGUGGAUGGAUGGACAAUAUGAUGUGUGGUAUAGAGAUCCAUUGGAAAUGACGCGCAGCAUUUUGGCAAACUGUGCUCUCGAUGGAGGAAUCGAGUAUUCACCCUACCGCGAUUAUACUACCGAGGACAAACAAUAUUGGAAGAACUUUAUGUCUGGUGACUGGGCAUGGAAACAGGCAGAUGAUAUCGCUCGAAAUGAGGAGAAUCAUGGUUCGACAUUUGUACCAUUGAUUAUUGGCAGUGAUAAGACUGUUGUUUCUGUCGCUACUGGUCAGACCGAAUACCACCCACUCUAUCUCUCAAUCGGGAACAUUCACAAUAGCGUACGACGGGCACAUCGCAAUGGUGUUGUGCUCAUUGGAUUUCUUGCGAUACCGAAAUCUAUGAAGGAACAUAAUGAUGACAUCAAAUACAGAAAUUUUCGAUGGCAGCUGUUCCAGCGCUCUCUUGCAAAGAUUUUCGAGUCUGUGAAACCUUUCAUGGAAAAUUUCGAUGUCACACGCUUUCCGGAUGAUGGCCACUAUCGACGAACGGUGUAUGGCUUGGGCCCUUACAUUGCGGACUAUCCAGAACAGAUACUUCUCUCUGGCAUUGUGCAGAACUGGUGUCCAUGCUGUCUAGGACAUAGGAAGGACCUUGACGGCUCUCAACCAUGUCUCCAUCGAUGCGAAGCACAUACCGAGUUGCUCAUCAAACAACUCACAUACAAACAGGCUUGGGAUGAGUAUGGCAUCAUUGCCGAUCUCAUUCCAUUUACAAAUGACUUUCCUCGAGCAGACAUCCACGAGCUCCUAUCUCUGGAUAUCUUGCAUCAAAUAAUAAAGGGAACUUUCAAGGAUCAUCUGGUUGAUUGGGUGGGAGAGUAUUUACUGAUCACACAUGGUACCCGUCAUGCAGCUGAGAUAAUGGACAACAUUGACCGCAGGAUAGCAGCAGUUGCCCCAUUCACUGGGUUGCGACACUUUCCUGAUGGGGGAGGUUUUCAGCAGUGGACAGGUGAUGACUCAAAGGCAUUGAUGAAGGUCUAUCUAGCUGCAAUUGAAGGUCACGUUCCUCAAGAUGUGGUGCGCACAUUCAGUGCAUUUUUAGAAUUUUGCUACACUGUGAGGCGUGAGGCUCUCACUGAAGAUGACCUCAUAAAACUACAAGAUGCCCUCGACCGCUUUCACCAAUAUCGGGAGAUCUUCAAGACAACCGGUGUGGUCUCAACAUUCUCCCUUCCACAUCAACACUCCCUGUGCCACUACAUAUUACUGAUUCGACUUUUCGGCGCACCCAACGGCCUUUGCUCUUCGAUUACCGAGUCCAAGCACAUCAAGGCAGUUAAAGAACCUUGGCACCGAUCUAGCAGGUUUGACGCACUCGGACAAAUGCUACUAACAAAUCAACGCCUCGACAAACUUGCAGCUGCUCGCGUAGAUUUUGAGGCAUGUGGUAUGCUUCAUGGCUCUUGCCAUCCUGGGCGUCUGUGUAUCCACGAGCCUCAAAAUCAUUCUGUUGAAGUGGAUGCUGGUGAGAUUAUUGAUGGACCGGCUGUGGAGUCCCAUGUUGGGCUUGCAUUAACUCCCCGUUGUGUACGAAAUGUUCAUGCACUCAGCCUUGAACUCGACCUUCCAUGCCUCCCAUUUAUGAUUCAAGAAUUCAUACAUGAUCAACACUAUUCAGAAGAUCCCAACCCUCCUGGAAUUGAUCCGGCAACAGUGCAAGUAUUCCUAGGGAACCUCACCAUCUUUAAUUCUGCUGCAGCCUCAUUCCAUGCACCCAGUGAUCUGAGUGGUACGGGAGGUAUGCGUCGUGAGCACAUCCGGGCAACACCAUCAUGGCGCGUUGGCGAACCGAGGCAUGACUGUAUCUUCGUCAACAUGGGUGUUGACUUCGACUCUCCCAUGAAUGGACUCGCAGUUGCGCGAGUCCUUUGCUUUUUCUCAUUUAACUAUCGGAUAUCAUACUAUCCCUGCGCCAUAGUUCAUUGGUACUCUUAUGUCCGCGAAGAACGCGAUCCCGACACAGGCAUGUAUGUCGUCACACCAAUGACAACUGGUGACGACGUCCCAGACGUCUCAAUUAUUCACGUCGAUUGUAUCUUUCGCGCUGCCCAUCUCAUUCCAGUCUAUGGCCCAGACUUUAUCCCAAAAAUAAGUCCACACAACUCAUAUGACAUGUUCCACUCGUACUACGUCAACAGAUACGCAGAUCACCACACUUUUGAAAUAGUGUGA